CUUCUGUCUUCUUUCUUUCUCCCUUCGUCUUCUUCUCUCUCCCCUCUCUCAAGCAGAGUUUUUGACUCACGAAAAUGAAUGAGUCUGAUUUAGUCAAAUUCAUCCUUUUCCCAUGAAAAGCUCCAUCUCAUCCACCGUGGCGUUUUCCGUCACCGUCGCCGUCAUCUUCUUCUCCUUCCUCUCGACUCCCUCCUCCGCCUUAGGCUCCGGCUCAACUUACGCCGUCGUCUACGGCUCCGACACCGUCUGCGCCGUCAUCUCCGGCCAACCAACGCAACGCAUCCUCUGCCACAACACCCGCCUCCGCACCAACCUCACCCUAAACCCCGGCGUCUCCUUCUCCUCCAUCGCCGCCGGCGAGAAUUUCCUCUGCGGGAUACGCUCCGGCGGUUACAGCCUCCUCUGCUGGUUCAACCUCAUCGGAAGCAGCUACACUCUCAAACCGAAGCGAAUCUACCACAACGACACCGUUUUGCUCCAGAGUCUCUCCGUCGGGAAUACUCAAAUCUGCGCGGUGGUUAACGGCACUAACGCCGUUAAAUGCUGGAGAAACGAUCCUUCAAAGGCUCCUAACGAGGGGUUAGUUACGGUUUCGUCUGGAGUUGGGUUCUCGUGUGGAGUCUCGGUUAGGAAUAACCGAGUUUUAUGCUGGGGGAAAGAUCCGGUUAAAUCCGGUCAGAUCCAAACCGGAUUUGGAAACCAAACGAUGGUUAGUGUAUCAGCGGGGGAGUCACACGCGUGCGGAUUAAACUCAACGGGUGGUUUGAUCUGUACGGGAAGAAACGAAUCGGGUCAGCUUAAUGCUCCAUCGGGUCAACCUUAUCUCUUCUCGGAUCUCUCUCUCGGGUCGAAUUUCACGUGCGCGAUCCGAACUACCAACGGCUCCGUGACUUGCUGGGGAGGUGGAGCGGAGAGGUUCAACAAUGUAACGGAAAAUAUCUCGUUUGAGUCGGUUACAUCCGGGUCGGGUCUUAUUUGCGGGUUGAUAUCCGGUAACUUAUCCGUUAUGUGUUGGAGCCCUAAUAAUUUCUCGAGAAUAUUCCUUCCUUUUCAAGAUAUCUUACCAGGUCCUUGCGUUGAACCUUCUAUUUGUAAGUGUGGUGUGUAUCCACGAUCUGAUCAGUUAUGCUCCGGCUCGGGUUCGAUCUGCAGCAAAUGCAGAAUCUUACCUCCUCCUCAACCAUCUCCACCACCAUCUCCACCGUCUACUCCCUCGAAGGGGUUAACGAGAGGAUUGUUAGCGUUUGCGAUCGUUGGAUCGGUAGGAGCGUUUGCUGGCGUUUGCAGUGUGGUUUACUGUUUAUGGACGGGAGGUUUCUUGGGGAAGAAGAAAGUGCAUAACUCGGUUCAACCGACGAUAACCCGAGGCGGUUCGAGUACUCGGUCGAGCAGCUCCCCGCCUUCUCGAUCCUUGACGUUCAGACGUCAAGGAUCGAGAAUGUUUUCGAUGAGGAGACAGAGAAGCGGGACGUCAUCGAUGAAACAUACCGAUAAGGCCGAAGCGUUCUCCUUCUCGGAGCUCGCUUCGGCCACAGGGAACUUCUCCUUGGAGAACAAGGUAGGGUCCGGGAGCUUCGGAGUCGUCUACAGAGGCAAACUCAACGACGGGAGAGAAGUCGCGAUAAAACGCGGCGACGUAAACGCGAAAAUGAAGAAGUUUCAGGAGAAAGAAACCGCGUUUGAUUCGGAGAUCGCGUUUCUAUCGAGGCUUCACCAUAAGCACCUUGUGAGGCUCGUUGGUUACUGCGAGGAGCGUGAUGAGAAGCUUCUUGUUUACGAUUACAUGAAGAACGGUGCGCUUCACGACCAUCUUCACGACAGGAACAACGUGGAGAAACACAGCAGUUUGGUCAACUCGUGGAAAAUGCGGAUCAAAAUCGCGUUGGACGCGGCUAGAGGUAUCGAGUAUCUACACAUCUACGCCGUGCCGCCGAUUAUUCAUAGAGAUAUCAAGUCGUCGAACAUUUUGUUAGACUCUAAUUGGGUCGCCAGGGUUUCGGAUUUCGGGUUGUCUUUAAUGGGUCCGGAGCUAGGGAAAGAUCAUCAGCAACGUCCGAUGAAAGCUGCUGGAACGGUUGGAUAUAUUGAUCCGGAAUAUUACAGUCUAAAUGUUUUAACGGACAAGAGUGAUGUCUACGGGUUAGGAGUUGUGUUGUUGGAACUGUUGACGGGUAAAAGAGCGAUUUUUAGGAACGGUGGUGAUGUGGAAGAAGAGUGUGCCCCGGUGCAUUUGGUGGAAUACGCUGUCUCGGCGAUUGAAAUGGGUGAGUUGGGUCGGGUUUUGGAUCCUAGAGUUGGAUUACCGGAGCUAGGGGAAGGAGAUGCGGUGGAGCUGGUGGGUAAUACGGCGAUGCAUUGUGUGAAUGCUGAAGGGAGGAAUAGGCCGACAAUGACUGAUAUUGUCGGAAAUUUAGAGAGAGCGUUGGAGUUGUGUGGUGAUAGUCAUGGUAGUAUCUCUAGUGGCAUUUGCUCUAUUGUCUCCGACAUUGAGAGAGAUUAAAAUUAUUUUUACAUAGAUGGGGUUUUUUUUUUACAUGAGGAUUUUAUUUAUUUUUCUAGUUUUUUUUUUUUUGUUUUUCUUGGGUAAUUGUUUUUUUGUAAUUAAUGAUUAGUGGUAGUUGCUUAGGAGAAUUUGAAUAUUCAAUAUUCGUGGUCUAACCUUUUGGUUGGGAAAUGUAUACUUUGGACAGCGGAGAGCGAAUAUUAAAAUUGGAUCAUUGUUUUUGAGAAGAAAGAAAAGUUUGUGUGAGACUAUUAUGAUGUCGUUUCUUUGAACCAUCUGGUCAAACCUUGUGUGUUGUUUAAACUUGUGGAGCCAGCAUGGUAGGGAGAUGAUGGAUAAUGACUUUGGCGUGGAUUGUAUAAUGUACUAUUAUUACUCUACAGAAUUCCAUUACUCUACUCUCUCUUUGAAGGC